AUGUCACAUAUUUUGAACACAAAAACAGCACUAUGUAUAUUUCAGCUAUAUUGCAUCUCGGGACAUGUUGUGAAUCCAUGCACUGUGGAGGAAGAAAUGUCAGUCCCGUUGAAAGAGCUCAUCGAGCGCCAUUGUGGGGGUGUUAUUGGCGGUUGGGACAAUCUGUUAGCUAUCAUACCGGGCGGCUCAUCCGUUCCACUGAUCCCAAAAGAGUUACUUUAUUGCAUCUCGGGACAUGUUGUGAAUCCAUGCACUGUGGAAGAGGAAAUGUCAGUUCCACUGAAAGAGCUCAUCGAACGCCAUUGUGGGGGUGUUAUUGGCGGUUGGGACAAUCUAUUAGCUAUCAUACCAGGGGGCUCAUCAGUUCCACUGAUCCCAAAAGAUGUAUGUGAAACAGUUCUCAUGGAUUUUGAUGCUCUGAUCGCAGCACAGACGGGUCUCGGUACAGCGGCAGUGAUCGUCAUGAAUAAGCAGUGCGACAUCUGUACACCAUGUCGUGAGGGGACUCAGUGGCUGAAUAAAGUGAUGUGGCGUUUCGUGAAAGGGCGAGCGAAACCAGCCGAAAUCGAUGCGUUGUGGGAAAUCAGCAAACAGAUCGAAUCGCACACCAUCUGUGCACUUGGUGAUGCAGCAGCAUGGCCCGUACAGGGGCUGAUUCGUCAUUUUCGUCCAGAAUUGGAGCGCCGCAUGGCUGAAUAUGAGGCGAAUGAGGGCAAAAAUGAGCAACCACGAGCCGCUUGUGAUUUCUUUUAG